AUGAAGAAGUAUAUUAAAAGACUGAUACUCUAUGACCAAUGCCCAACUAAGGAGCGCCCCCUGGAUCAGGCCGUUGGCCUCCUUGUGGUCAUCUUCUGCAAGUACUUGGGCAGGGAUGGUGACAAGAACACCCUGGGCAAGAAGGACCUGACGGAGCUGAUCCAGAAAGAGCUCACCAUUGGCCUGAAGCUGCAGGAUGCUGAGAUUGCAAAGCUGAUGGACGACUUGGACUGGAACAAGGGCAAAGUGGUGAGCUUCCAGGAAUAUGUCACCUUCCUGGGGGCCUUGACUUUGAUCUAUGAUGAUGAUCUCAAGGGCUGA